GGCCUGCCUAUUUAAGUAAAAUACACACGAACUAAAACGACGACGUUUCUCAAAUAAGCGUUGGACAAACGGAGAAGGUCCCACCUGUCCUUGUCUCCACUUUGUGUUCUCCGAUUUCUUCAUCUCAGUGGGCCUCUGCCACCGCCUUUGGAUAAUAGUUCUGGAGAUUUAUACAAGAAUCUCAUCACCUUCAUAGUCUCAACUUGACUUCUCCAUCACACACAAGAACAAGAACAAGAAACUUUUACAUUUCUCUUAACAUUACAGACAGUUUCUGAUCUGGGUUUUCAAGUCCGGUGUUGAUCCCAUUGAGUUUCGGAUCUAAAAGAUCCGAAUAUUCAGACGGAUCAACUAGAGAAAGAAAAAAAUGAAUCUUGAGAAUGUUUUGGAAUUGACCAGCUUUGAUUACUGGUUUAAUUGGAGAGUGUUACUAUGUGCAAUAUGGGUAAUAGCUCCAAUGAUUGUUUCUUUAUUCGUUUUAUGGAAGUACGAAGAUAGUUCAGUACAAACUCAACCAUCACUUAAUGGUAGUGGUAAUGAUGAUGAUGCUGAUGUUUUAUGCAUUGAUGAUGUUUGGAGACCUUGUUUUGAACAAAUCCAUCCGGGUUGGUUGUUGGGUUUUCGGGUUAUCGGGUUUUGUUUUCUUCUUGCUAACAAUAUUGUCCGGUUUGCUAAUCGUGGAUGGCGUAUUUACUACUAUUAUACUCAGUGGACAUUUACAUUGAUAGCGAUCUACUUCGGGAUGGGAUCAUUGCUUUCAAUUUAUGGAUGUUUACAAUACAAGAAGCAAGGGAACACGAAACUUAUUGCUGAUCAAGUAGGAAUCGAUGCAGAGAACGGGGUUCGUUCACCCCUUAUAGAUGGUAACAACAUGGUUUCGUUCGAGAAGAGAAAAACUUCUGGUUCAGAGGCACUAAAGUUGUAUGUUCAUCUCUUCCAGAUUAUAUAUCAGAUGGGUGCUGGAGCAGCGGUGCUUACAGACAGUAUAUAUUGGACCUUUAUUUUCCCGUUUCUGUCUUUACAGGAAUAUGAGAUGAGUUUCAUGACUGUGAAUUUGCACACGAGCAACCUAGUUUUGCUGCUUAUUGACACGUCUCUUAACCGUCUGAAAUUUCCCUUGUUCAGGUUCUCUUACUUCAUCUUGUGGACAGGAAGUUUUGUUCUUUUCCAGUGGAUUCUCCAUAUGUUUAUCUCCGUAGGGUGGCCAUAUCCAUUUCUCAACCUGUCAUUAGACAUGGCUCCAGUGUGGUAUUUGUUGGUGGCACUCCUGCAUCUUCCUUCUUAUGGCCUCUAUGCAUUAAUCGUCAAAAUCAAAUAUAAACUCAUUUCAUAGAGUAGUUUGAGUUUUUGCCUCGUAAGAGUCUGUGCUCAUUUCAUUCCAAGGGUUUACAAGUUACAACAAUGAAAGAAACAUAAAUUUUUACCCCAUGUCUAAAAACUUCAGACACAUCAUUGUAAACACCGCAUUAUGUAGUACAUUUCCAAUCGUUUUGUCGAUGCAUAAAAUAUUUGUUACCAAUCUAAUUCGCAUAUCGCAA